UUUACUUUUAAUAAUAUUCAGCUUUAUUUUUUUAUUAUUUGGAACACUUCAACAUAAAUCUGUCCAAAAAAAUCGUUUUAUUUUUGUUUAUUUCAUUUUUGUGAAGAAAAAGAAAAAAGAAAAAACUCUUGUCUCUGUCUGCGCGUGUGGUGGGAGGGGCCUGUGGGAGGCGGUGUCACGCUGUGAGCGAUCUGUGAGCUUACUGGCUGCUGAAUGAGCUCGCGCUCGGGGGUCUGAGCGGCGCGUGCGAGCGGCACUCAUUCAACCGCUGAUGCUGCGAGCGCGCGGAGCGUCCCAGAGAGCAGUGCGGGGAAAAGGGGGAGUCUCUGUGCUCGCGUGCGCGUCGGAGGGGAGAUGGGAAUGCGCUGAACAGCUUUGAAGAAAAAGCUCUGAGUUCAGUCAUGGAGUUACCGCGGAGGUCACGCGCGCGUGCCGCGCUGCACUGAGGCACAUCAUGACCGCCGCGCGGCAGUUGGAGAGGCGCCGCUCCGCACUGACGCUCUGAAUCAUCCGCGCGCCUGUUGCCCUUCUUCCUAUAUUCUUCAUUUUUGCGGGAAAACACACAGUACAGCUCGUCAUGUCAUCUGCUGUCCUCUGAAUUCUGAGAAGUAAACAGUCACAGUGUUUUUCUGGUGUGACCGCCUUCUCUGCGUCACCAUGGGCACCGUGCUGUCGCUGUCGCCGGGCGCCCGUAAACCAGGCUACUACGACCACCACCACCACCAUCACCCGGGGUCGCUCAGCCACUACCCCAGCCUGAGCAGCCGCUCCCUGAACACCCAGAAGGACCGCGGCCUGAAGAGAGGCCAGUCCAUCUUCCUGCCGGCGCUCACCUGGAAGCGGUUGGUGGCCUCCACCAAGAAGAAGAGCGGCCACCCCAAGAAGGGCUCCGGUGGACCGGUGGCCCUCGCGGACUCUCUGAACAACAACAACAACAUCUACCAGAAAGACCCGCUGCUGCACCUGAACCGCGAGAAUGUCAAGAAGUCUCUGUCCUGUGCCAACCUUUCCAACUACGAGGGCCCAGCAGGACUGGGUCUGGGGCUCGGAUACGGACUCGGGCUGGGUCAGGGGCCCGCCUACGGCCACGGCAGAUCCCAUCAGUUGUCCUCCGUGAAGAAGGUCCCACAGGGCAGCUCCUCCCCAAAGCGCGUCAUCGUGCAGGCCUCCACCAGUGAACUCCUGCGCUGCCUGGGCGAGUUCUUAUGCUGCCGCUGCUACCGCCUCAAGCACCUGUCUCCGGCCGACCCGGUGCUGUGGCUGCGCGCCGUGGACCGCUCGCUGCUGCUGCAGGGCUGGCAGGACCAGGCCUUCGUCACGCCGGCCAACGUGGUGUUCGUCUACAUGCUGUGCCGCGACGUGGUGGACGGGGAUGUCGUGGCGUCGGAGCACGAGCUGCAGGCCAUCCUGCUCACCUGCCUCUACCUGUCUUACUCCUACAUGGGGAACGAGAUCUCGUACCCACUCAAGCCCUUCCUGGUGGAGGCGGGGAAGGAGGCUUUCUGGGACCGCUGCCUCGCCAUCAUCAACGCCACCAGCGCCAAGAUGCUGCGCAUCAACGCCGACCCGCACUUCUUCACGCAAGUCUUCGCUGAACUCAAAAGCGAAGGCGGCUGUGGCCCUCAGGACUAUAGCCGGGUUCUGGAUCGAUGAGGUGGUCUCUUUUGACCCCUCCCCCUUUCCACCGCCAUGUUUGCCUGCAGAUUCUUUUCCAGGCUCCUAAUUGGACGAUCUUCACACUCACACUUUUGGGAACUUAUUUGUAUUUCUGACAUCUUCUCCUCCAUCAAAGUGAGUUCACAGCAAGCAAGUAACCAUUUGGUCCACCUGUUCCAUCAGGGCCCCGCCCCCAUGCCAGGUUUUGAUCUAAGUCGUCUCAGCUGCUCAGGAAGCAUAUCUUUUCUUCCGAAACCAGAGAAGUCUGACUUCUGGACUUUUUCUGAGAGACGGGAGCAGCUGCAGCUUCCGAGGGACCACAAACCACACGGUUAUUUUGCAGGGGCCUUUUGUGUGUGUGGGUGGGUGUGUGUGUGUGUGUGUGUGUGGGGGUGUGUGUGUUAGUGUGGGAGGGGUAAACUAUCUGUGUCGCAUCGGCGUGCGUCUGUGUGUGCACGGUGGUGGCAGGCAGCCAGGGUCAUCAGCUGUUUACCCCCCUCCUUUGUUUCCUGCAACAUGUCGACAACACACACACACACACACACAUUGGUAAUGAGAUUAUUGGAUUAUCAGCAGAACCCCUCCCCACUCCCAGCUUCUGCCCCCACCCCCUGGGCUGCAGGACAGUCAAGCGGCUCCCUGUCUCCUUGGUGGAGCGUUCGUGUUCAGGCCUUAAAAACGACAAAUGAGCGUUGCCCUUCUUUCUGUCACCGAGAGACUUUUAGGGAAGGUGUGUAAAUGUCUGCUUGUUCCUGAUGAGUCAAAGUGUGAGGAGUUAGAAAGAGAUUUGGCUCCAUAGCAAACCAGCUUCCAAAUGUCAGAUUAGAAAGUUUAAAAAAAUUAAUAAAAUGGUUUAUCGUCUCAAAAAUUAGCAGUUUGAUUACAUGUCUGGUAAAAGAAUGUCUAAUCCAGAGAGAAAAAAAUGAAAACUCAGAUUUUAUGUGAUAGAUUUUUGCCAAAUGUUCCUUGAACAGCUGUAUGGUCCGAAUUUGCCUUUCAGAAUCGCAGCAUUAAAUCGGCAUCCUUUUCUAAGACUUGCAAAGUGGCGCCCUAGUGGUUCAGAUCUUUAGUUUGAAGUAUUUCGCUGGACUGCACCCAGUUGGAGACGCACAUUUGUGAUAAAGUAAUAAUUGGCAACAUUUUUCCUGACAGCUAUGUGUUAAAAUCCACAGGGAGUUUUUGCAAAGUCUCAUUUUUGUCUGGAAUGAGUCCCAAAUGAGGGUGCUUUGUAACUCAAAUCCAAUGCAGAUAAAUGUCCUCCGUUUCAUCUGGUUUGGUUUGCUUUCACUCAAAAACUCAGGAAAGGACUGAAAACUGGAACCACCGAAGAAAAAUCACAUAGUUCAAGUUUUUCCUCUGUUGGCUGUUUUGAGAGUUUAUAAUAACACGAUCAACAGCUCUUUUCCACCAUUGGCUCUUCCUCCUCUCAGUGGUUUGAGGAAAGUCUUGUUUGUGUUCACACUGAAGUGAACCGCGCCAGAGUUCAGAUGAGCUUUCACACCUGCCAACAUGGGAAAUGAAAUCUGGUGUGGACCAGAAUUAAACAAGUCUUGUUUUUCCAAUCUCCCACAUUUUUCUCACUUUAAACUGAAAAUAGUUUUAGGUGAGUUAAAAAAAAUAUUCUAAAUCACCAAUAUUUUUAUUCAAAAUGUCCAAAAACACAAGAUGCAAAUCGCCUUACGAAACCAAGAACUGUAAAUGUUUCUGGUGUUCUAGAAAGCCCAGUGAGACGAACUUUAAAUUUGAAGAUUGUACUUCACAUAGAAAAUUAGUUUUUAUAAACAUCUAUUUUAUUAUGAGAAGUGAAUCAUUUAUAUUUUCGUCAUAGUUGAGGAGAAACACAUUACCACAUCUUCAUGCUCCAUCCACUCCUUCAGGACAGGAGAUCAUCCUCGGAGAACUGAGGUUAGAUCAUUCCUGAAGGUCCAUCCAGACCAUCUUUUGAAGUUUUCUUUUUGACAAGUUGCAGCUCCAAACUUGGAUGAUAUCUUCCCGCUGCUGCAUCUUUUACCAAAAAUGUGAAGAAAGAAUUUACUCUUUUCCCUUGAAGGCCCUUUGAUAUAAAACAAUUAAAACUUUUUUUUCUAAAAAGCACUAAAAAAAUUAGCAGUUUUCGACAUGUUGGGUAGAAAAUGGAAGUGGAAGGUAAAAGCUGAAUCAUUCAUGGAUUGACAAACACAUAAACCACCGUUUUUAUCUACACAGGCUUCCCCCUUUUUUUGUCUGAGUCAAGAACAGCUGCAGUCUGUAUAUCGUAGAUUAUGUUGUGUUCAAGGACACUUGAUGGCUUUCAACUGCAGUUUGAAGUUAGUGAUUCUAUAGCAGUCCUCAUCUACAAAAAUGUGAUAAAAUUAAUUCUAUAGGGCGCACCGGAUUAUAAGAUGUAACGCCAAUGAAUGGUCUAUUACUGAACAUAUAAAGGCACACCGAACUAUACAGUCGUUCUUUUUUUUUCAAUGAAGAAUUUUAAGUGUUUCUCAGUGCGGAUAAUACAAUAAAUGGAUCUGAUCUGUAAGUUUGAAUUCUACGAACAGCUCUUAGGCUGAAGUUUCUCUAUUCAGAAACAGAUUCAUUGAACUAAACGUUUUUGAAAUGAAAUGUACCCCCGACGCAGCUGAGGCGAGACCCUCUGAGAAGCUGGACUAUGGAUUGCUGGUGGAGUUUAUUUUGAAAAUCAGCGGGAGCCAGGUGCUUUUAGUGCGUCAAUUUCCUCCUAGUUCCAUCAGAUUUAUGUGUUUAGCACAGCUGAAACCACUUUGAGGGGAGCUGAGCACUAUGGCAACGGUGGCGGUGGGGUGUAGUAGUGUCCCUCCAGCUGUACUUCUUGACUGGCAGUGGGGCCUUGAUCUUUCCACCCUGUCACACAGAGUAAGCUCUGUGGAGUUGCCCUGCAGCUUGCAUCAGCGAGGGAAUCAACCCCCCAACCCCGGGGAUCUGUUCUGAGCUGGCACCUGCCUCUGUGAGGGGUGCUGGCGGUGAGUCACGAGUGAGUGAUGCUCAGCUUUCUCGGCGGCCAUGUUGCUCAUCGCUCCUCUCAGCCCCACAAGGACGCCUGUGUCCUCUCCCCCUAACUCAUAAACACACCCGCCCCUCCCUCCUCGUUUUCACACACUCAGCUGAUGUUCCUUCUUGCUUCAUCGGAUCCGUCACCCUCCAGGAAGCAAAACUGUUCUUAUGUUUUUGAGUGAAUGUGGGUCAAAAUUCAAUUUAGCAUCUGUUCCUCCCUCCCUCAUCCAAAGUUACAUCCUCCAAUCAAAUCUGCUCCUGGAGAGUCAGGCGGCACCUCCGACCAAUGCUGCAGGAUCUUAAGAGACUCACCCCAGAAGGUCCAGGACGGCCACUGAUCUGCUGCAGCUCCUCAAACUCAGAUUGUGGGCUCAUUUAGAUCAAGAUUUACGGAGUUAACGUUAUUCUUUUUCAUGGAGAAGCUUCAGGUUUCUUCAAAAGUAGGUGUUGAAGUUCUGAAGUUUAUGGAUGGACUUUUGUGGGCUUGAGCUCUGUAUGAAGAAUUUUCAUCUUCACUAGGAUCUGUGGACCAAAAAACUACAAAAAAAAAAAAAAAAGUGAACCACUGACCCUGCGAGUGCACAGCUCUGUGAGUUGUGUCAUUCCGGAUGCUGCUGUAGUUGGACUGACAAUGUAAAUAUGUGUCUGUAAAAAUAAGGAAGAAGCUGUAGUAGCAUUGCCGUGCAGUAGUGUGCAUGCCAGCCGCAUAGUUUAGACCAUUUUUACUUCCUGCUUCUGUCUUUUAUUUUUUUAUACAUUGUUUUGGUUUCUGUUUAAUGAUAAAUUAGAUAUGAUGCGGCUUCACUCCCAUUUUUAAGAUGGUCUAAAGUGUGACACAAAAGACACAAAAAUCUCUCAUGUCCUUUAAUAAAAUGACAGAAUCAAAUCACUCCUGAGGAAGUUAAACUUUCUCUUUGACGUGUUUAUCGCUGCAUCAAUGCAGGAGACACCAGCGUGCUGCUCCUAGCCUGCACCACUCCAUGGUUUCCAUGGUUACCAUAUUGCAUCCCACCUAUACUAUACAAAGUCAAAGUGAAGACACUGUUGAUGGACAAACUUGAAAAAAAAUCUUUUUUUUUCAUAUUUUGUUUUUUAUGAUUAUGUUGUUUAUUUUAUUGAUUAUUUAAUAAAGUAUGAAGCUGAAA